ACAUCCUUGUAGAUUUGAAGGGGUUUUGUUAAAUAAAAGUAUAAGAGAAUCGCGACCCAAAGAUUUGUUAUUGUAUUUUCUGUUUUCAUUGAGGAAAAAAAUAUGCAGAAAGGAGGGUCCAUUGCUUGUUCUCUAAUUCAAAAAUCAAGUUGGAAAAUUCGGGAGAUUCGGUAUGAAAUCUGGUCGGAUCUUGCUUUCUAGGCUGUGGGAUUUUGGUGGGUAGUAUUUCAACACAAACUGGUUCGUCUCUUCUUUCUUAGAAAUCCUCUUCUUCCUCCCUUCACCGUCAGCAGCAGUGCACCAUCACCAGCAGCACCAGCACCAGCACAGCAGCUGCGAGUUGGCAACAAUUACUCUAUACGUUUUGGGUUCUUUGUCUGUUUUCUUCUUUUCCCACUCUAUUCUUCCUCUUUGGUAUUGGAGAUUCAAGCAGAGAAAUGGGUAUGGCUGCAGAGGCCCAAUUUCAUGUUUUGGCAGUUGAUGAUAGCCUCAUAGACAGAAAACUGAUUGAGAGGCUCCUUAAGACUUCUUCCUACCAAGUUACUACAGUGGAUUCUGGAAGCAAAGCCCUGGAGUUUUUGGGUUUGCGUGAGGAUGACCAAACAGACCCAAACCCACCUUCUGUUUCUUCAAACCAUCAUGAAAUGGAAGUGAAUCUUAUAAUUACAGACUACUGUAUGCCUGGAAUGACAGGCUAUGACCUGCUCAAAAAGAUCAAGGAAUCUUCAUCUCUGAAAGACAUACCAGUUGUAAUCAUGUCCUCUGAGAAUGUACCUUCAAGGAUUAGCAGAUGCUUAGAAGAAGGAGCAGAGGAAUUCUUUCUGAAACCAGUGCAACUAUCUGAUGUAAACAGACUUCGACCCCAUUUGUUGAAAGGGAAAUUGAAGGAGCAGCAAGAGCAGUUACAAAUAGAGCAACUGCUGCCUUUACCGCCACCACCACCUCCAGCAGUUCAACAACAACAAUUACAACCACAGCCACCGAGCAACAAGAGAAAAGCCAUUGAAGAAGGCCUGUCACCUGAAAGAAGAAGGCCAAGAUACAGUGGCUUGGCAAUGGUCUGAUCAAUAGUAGUUCUAUAUUUUUUAAUCAGCUCAAGUUGAUUCCAUAACCUUCUUCCCCUCCUUUUUCUGUUUCCCAGUACUGCUUGAUGAUUGAGAACACAGGCAUAAUGGGAACAUGUAGAUCAAACUUCAGAGGAGAGAGGGAGAGAGGGAGAGGGAUGAAUGAGGAGAGAGAUGUUCCAUCAUCAUUUGUGGGGCGCUUGUAUACAUUUUUAUAUAAAGAAAGAACUCAUUCAAAUUUUGUUCUGUUGAGGGAAACAAAGAAAGAAAAUAAAAAAGCAGCAGCCAUAUCGUCAUUCGUCAAUGAUCCUUUGGAGUUU